AACAAAUUUAUUUGGACAUAAGCUUUCAUGGGUAAAAAACAACUUCUUCAGAUGCAUCAAAUGUUCCAGUUAACACCUUGCAUUUAAUUCUUCAGGAUUUACAAAGAUUUUGCAUUCAGAUACAUGAAAAUCCUUUAAAGUGACAUUUUAUAAAUUCUAGCAAUCUGUUUCUGUCCUUUGAUGCUAACAGCUUGAUACUGAGAGAUGCUGAGUACCUUCAACCCUGAUUUAACUUGGGCCUUGUCCACACUGGGAAUUUAUCCUAAUUUCAACCAUCGGUGUCCACCCAUCAGUGUAGCUGCACUGGUGUAGACAAGGAAAAAUAGUAGUGUUGAUUUUUCACUGGUGCAUCUUACCCCAUUUUCCAGCAGGAUUCCUGUAGCCUUUAGUGUGUGUUGGAUCAAUCUCUAGAUUAAUUUACUCUCAAAAAAUUGUAUAUCCCUUGCCCCUCAAUCUAAGAAUCUAGGUUGUGUACAAACUAAGGCCCCACGUGCAACGGUUUAUGGAUGUAUUAAACUUUCUAUAUGUGAGUAGUCCCACAGACCUCAGUGGAGCUAUUCACAUGCACAAAAUUAAGCAUGUGUGUAAAUCUCUGCAGGAUCAGGAUCUACGGGCUUUAGCUGACAUUUUACUAUAGGGCAUGAUGCUAACUGUGAUGGUAGGUGCAUUAAACCGGACUAUUAGAGUAGUAAGCACAACAUCCAGGAUUUGCAUAUCAGAGGCCUAAAAUUAGAUGUGAUAGCCCCCAAAAUAUUUCCAAAGGAGCAAUAAAGGAAAAUCAUACAGGCCAGUGAAAAGGGAGGUCAAAAAGGUCAUAAGUACCAUCAAUACAAUGAACGGUUUCAGAGUAGCAGCCGUGUUAGUCUGUAUUUGCAAAAAGAAAAGGAGUACUUGUGGCACCUUAGAGACUAACAAAUUUAUUUGAGCAUAAGCUUUCGUGAGCUACAGCUCACAUCAUCGCAUGCGAAUUCAAUGAACAUUUCAAUAAUUUGAAAGGUCUUCUUUAUGUGACAAAGUGUUUUUGCAAUAAAAUGUUUCCCAUGUUGCUAUCUCUCCCGGUUUGUUAGUGGCGCCUUGAGUCUUUGCCACUCUGCUGCCGUUAAUCCUGAUGAGUGGGCACCAUAAGCAAAAAUGAACACAGGAUUCUCUACGCCACCUGGCAGGGCUUUUCCCUCCAAAGGAGGGUUUCAGAAAUGCAUUUCCCCUACAAUCCUAGUGCAAGUGGAAAGCGCAAAAAUCAGUGAGGGAAGAAAUGUCCAGUGCUUAAUUUGUGCCAGGGCUGAGCCUCUACGCCUGGGAGUUCAUCGCCCUGCACCUCUGGGCUCGCUGUCUGUGUCAGUUAUCAGAGCAACAGCCGCGUUAGUCUGUAUUUGCAAAAAGAAAAGGAGUACUUGUGGCACCUUAGAGACUAACCAAUUUAUUUGAGCAUAAGCUUUCGUGAGCUACAGCUCACUUCAUCGGAUGCAACAUAACUGUGUCAGUUAUGAAAAUUAAAAAAUUGCUUGAGCCCCAGCACCUCUCUCUUUCAUUACAAAUGAAGCACUAGAAGCGUCUACCCCUGAACUAAUCACAGGGCUAGCCUGGGAUUUGGGGUAGGGGUGGGGUGGUUAAAUAACAAACUGGCCUCUUUUCAGCUCUACCGGCACCACAACUUUGGAACUGGUUCGGAUGAUUAUUAUUUUUGUACCUAUUUUAUGUAAACCUCUCUCAAAGCAAGUCAGCCGCCUUUGUCUUCACGGCGGAGUUCAGCGCGGCGCCCCGGGCGGCGCAGGAAGCAGCCCCUACCAAAGCCCCCCAGGAGCCAGGCGGGACAGCGGGGCCCAUCUGCUCCAGCGGCCGCUUCCUCUCCUCCCCUCGCGUCCUCCCGCCUGCAGGCGCGGGGAAAGCCGCAGCUGCCUGCGCGCAAGGAGCGGGCCUGCGUCUUCCCUCCGUCCCCGCCUCGGCCGGCCUCAGGGGAGGAGAAGCUGGGAAGGCGCGAGCGGCCCGCGGGCCGGACUUUGCACUCACAGCGGGGGAGCCGCCCGGGGGCAGGGGCCGCGGUGCGGGGGGGGAGCAGGCCCGGGGAGGGCGCGGAGCAUUGGUCUGCCGCGACGUUACCCCAGGCAUGAAUCUGCCCCAGGCCCAGGAGAGCCCCGCCGCAAGGAGCCACCCGGGGCGUUUCUCCCCCCAGCCCCUUCCCAGCCGAGCCGCGUCCUCGCCAGCGUCUGCCUGGCGGGCGGGCGGGCGGCCCCCGGCCACGCACGGGGCAGCUGGCCCGCCCCGCCAAGGCUACAUCGGCGGCUCCGGUGGCGAGCGGGUUCUCCUUCCUCUCCCCGGUUUCUUGAAUGAACAGCGAGGUGGAGCUGUAGGGAACCCGCCCCUCUUGUGCGGGCCUCUCCCGGCCACUCUCCUCCCCGCCACUGGCUCUGCUCCUCCUCCGCCCCCUCCCUCCUGCUCUUGCACCCGCGCUGCGACUCUGCUUCCCCGGCCGCCACAGCUACAGGAGCGGACUGGCGCUUCAGCAGCACCACUGCGGAAAGACCAGGGGGCUGCUCUGCCUGGGGGGCUUGCGGGGCUGUCUGCGCUGGGGGGAGGGGGGGGGCGGGCGGGUCGUGGGGGAACAGCUUCCUAGCAGCGGUCCUAAUUUGUAUGAAUAAUAUUCCACACACGCCCCCAUCCUCUUCCCUGCACUCUGGGGGCGGGGGGGUGUUUCUUGCAUUUUAUACAAACAAAGCUGCUUUGGAAAUGCAUUUGCUCCCCGGAAUUUAGGCAAAAGUCAAAAUUUUGAUGCUCCCUUUUGGUGGGUGUGGGUGUGUGAGGGAAGGGGGGAGAGCGUUGGGCUCUGCCUAGAGAUCAGUGUCUGAAUGAAACUACAUGUAUUUAAUUGCAUGUGUCUGUACGUUGCACUGGAGGGGAAAGCACAGCACUUCUGCAAGAGCUUGGAGUCAAAGAGGCUAUGAUAACCGGGAGAUAGUGCUGAAGUACAUCCAUUACAAACUGUCACAGAGGGGAUAUGAUUGGGCUGCCAAUGAAAACAGAGGACCAGUUUCUCCAAAUCUCUCUCCUCCUACUGCUGCUGGGACCUCAUCUGACCAUGCUGGGCUGGUGUCUCUGCCUCCUGAGCCCCCUGGCUCGGCUGCUGCUAGUAACGUGCCCCUUGGUGAUGGGCUGCGCCCAGCACCGCAGGCUGUUCACUUAACUCUGUGCCAAGCUGGAGAUGAAUUUUCCCGCCGCUACCACAGAGAUUUUGCCCAGAUGUCUGGCCAGCUGCACUUGACCCCAUUCACAGCGAGGGGACGCUUUGUGGCGGUGGUGGAGGAGCUGUUCCGAGAUGGGGUAAACUGGGGAAGGAUCGUGGCCUUCUUUGAAUUCGGUGGCGUGAUGUGCGUGGAGAGCGUCAAUCGGGAGAUGUCGCCUCUUGUGGACAGCAUUGCUGUGUGGAUGACCGAGUACCUGAAUAGACACCUACACAACUGGAUCCAGGACAAUGGAGGCUGGGAUGCCUUUGUGGAAUUGUACGGCAGCAACAUGAGGCCUUUGUUUGAUUUCUCCUGGAUCUCUUUGAAGACUAUCCUAAGUCUGGCUCUGGUGGGAGCUUGCAUCACCCUUGGCGCUUAUCUGGGACAUAAGUGAAGUCACCCAUCUAACCAUGGAUUACAAAAGUCUUACGAAACAAUAAAAUAAUAUGUUUUUUCUAGUAGCACAAUGAUAUUAGUUUUAUGAGCAGAAGUUCCUGGCUAAAUAUAAAUCAGCUAUUACUGCCAAAGGGAGGUAUCAUUUAUUUUUUACAUUGCAGGAAACAAAGUUAUUUAUUAAAGAUAUUUACAUUUAACAAUUUAUAUCUGAGUAUCACAUAAUAUUGUUAUGAAUUGUAAUGAGCCCCAAACACCUUGAGCUUUUUUAAAAAAAAUAAAUUAAUGCAGCUGGAUGGAUUAAAUAUACUGACAAAGACCUACCUGCUUUCUCUUGGGGGAGCAGUUACUUGGGCUGCUUCAGGCUGUGUAAUUGAAUUGAUUUUACUUACAAUUUCUCACAGAUCCAAGGAGAUGGGAUCCUAAAAAAGUCAGAGGGAGUGAAGUUAGAAUUAUUUCCAGCUGGCAAGUACUGACAUUAGUAUACAAUUCAAUAUGGUACAUACUUGGUGUCAGAAUAGCAACUUCUCGAAGGACAGCCAUCGAUAGGAGUCUCCUGGAAGGACAACAAUUUGAAAUACGAUUGCAUAUAUUUUAUGAAAGUAUUUUUAAGCUACCAAAUUGUGUCAAUACAUCAUAAUCAUAACAGUAUCGUCUGAUACCUUAAAACGACGAUAUGUCAAUUCAGAUACACUUUAUGAGCGCAUGAAAUGAAAUCCUUUGGACAUGCAAGAAAUUACUGUUUCAAUGAUUUCCUCAGCAGUAAAAUGUCUUUUACAGCUACACACACACAAACCAUGAGACUGUUAAGUGCCUGCCUCUACAGAGCACAGCUGGAGUCCUGACUUGUGUCCCAUUUUAGUGGGCUCAUAUCUGCAACUGAUCCUGUUUACUUGCUGAGCUCCUCCAGGGUUUUGAAACCAAUUAAGUUUGGCCUCUAAAUCCCUGAAAGUUGAAAAAGGUUUAAUUUAGUUGGCAAGAAACAGACCUCAUCUGAGUUCCAGAUUAGCUCGAACUAUACUUGUUUAUCAAACUGGGCACCAAAAUCACAUUCAUUUUCAUAACAAAGAAGUCAGAUGACCUGUAUUCUUUCCCCCAUCUCACACCCACACCCAAAGUAUUUCAUGCUAAUAAUUUCUUAAGACUUUCUACAGAAAUAAAGAAGAUGAAGAAAUUGUCCUAAUCCUCAAGCUGGACAGAGACUCACUGACAUCCAGAUUCCUUAGGUGCCUAUUGUCAUUUCAGGGGAGAAUAAGGAGGGGGAAAGGAUGGACUGAGUCGGCUUCUCGAACAAUAAAUGCAGUUUAAAUAAGAUUAAUUCAGAACUCUUAAUAUACAGCUUUAUAACAACUGCAUAAAUCCUGGAACCACAUAUCUUAGACAUGUCAACAACUUUAAAGUGGGCUUUAACAAGCUUUUGGCUUCUGUGAAUUCCACCUUAAAAAUCUCUAUAAGUCAAGUGUUUUUAUUUUAUUUUUUUUUUACGAUGAAAUUGUCAAAAUAUGAAAUUUAUGGCUAAAUGUACAUCCAGGGACAAGUUAGAAAGCUCUGGAUAAAAGGACAGGAAUAACACACAAGUACUUUCAGAGUGAAAACAAUACAAUGAAAAACUGCAGAGUCAACCUUGAGAUUUCAAUAAUCUAACUUUGUGGCAUUAUAUGCAAAAUAGCUGCAGUAAUUUAGGAAUGUGAUAUGUUCAUUGUUAAGGCUGUAAUUGAUGGGAUUUCUUCAAAGCUGCUUUUUUUAGAUUUGUGCAUCUCAGCAUUUUUAUUGCUAUUUAGUCCGUGGCACCUACACUUUCUAUGGGCAAAGAUGGAGCGAGCGUUGGAUUUUAAAUUUGAAAUGGGUUUAAAGUUACAGAAACAUUUAAUGGAACUAAUGUUUCUAAAGCAAAUGUGAUCCAUUUGUAAACUCUGCUGAGUAAACACACCUGAAAUGUCAAAACUGUAUGCAUUUGUGCAAGGCACUUACGAAAAAUAUUUAAAAAGAAUAGGGAACGACGUAUUAGGAAUUGAAUGUGGGCUUGGUUUUUCCACCUAGCAGGUUUAAUUUAUGGAAAGCCAGGUACAAAGAUGAACUAGAAUUGGCACUGUACUAACGUUUCAAUCCACAUUUCACAAUCUAGUCUUCAUUUCAGUUUGUGCCCAUUAACCCUCAUUAGAGAUAAUGAAUGAUUUGACCUUGAACUUUUUCAAUGUUGAAUUGUUUAUUGACGGUUUACAUGAUCAAAGAAUAUAAAAAGAGUAACUAUAUAAAUUCCUGUGCUGCUAUACUACCAAGAUAAUUUGGAGAGAGUUUGUUUUGGACUGUCCUCCAGUAGCAAGAUUUUUCAAAGCUGCUUUAGAAGUAAUAUGAAGUAGUCACAUUACAGAGAUGAUUAUGUAGAUGCUGCCAAUUUGUGUUCUGUUGUAUCUAUUCACUGGGAUUCCCAGCAUAUUAGUUAAUAAGUUAACAAAGUCAAGGCAACUGUUAAUGGUUAUUUUAUUAAACAGAUAAUGGAGUUUUCCAAUUCUGACUGCAGAAUUGUACAAUAUUGUGGCUGCAUUAGCUGUAAGGAUAGUUGAUGAUGCAUUUAUUAUUAAUCACCAUACUAGAAACAUUGAAUGUACAUAAAAGCUUGAACGUGUUUAAAAAAAAUCUCCCCCUCAAUCCUCUUGCUUUCGCAGUGAUUCCUGUCCCUUCCAUUUUCUUUGUUACCGUAUGAAACAGAACUUUCUCUACAAAAUGCAAGGCCUUACAGUCACGCUCCAAAACUACAUUUCAGUUAAAAAUCACUUCUUCUCUCACCACGAUCAGUCCUGGUGGCAAUCUAUAAAAAGAAGCUAAAAAUCUAAAUAGUUGCACUUCUAAAGUUACUUGGCUGUGGAGAACUAAGGGACAACAUGGAAAGAGGUGUUAAGAAGUGUUGAGAGGAGAUAUAUCAUUGAAAUAUCUCCAUGACUGAGGAGAAAAGCGUCUGAGAAAUUUGGCCACCUUUCAUCUAGAUGAAAAGAAAAAGAAUUUUAGGCAGUGAAGAUAAACAGAGCAAAAGGUUACAAAAAUUCCCCCCAAAGUAUUUAAGUAAAGCCUUGUUAAUUCUAGCAGCAAUCAUCUACAAACCAGAUCAGAUAUUUGAUUUUAUUGUACCACAAUUUUUUUUUGUCCUUUAAUUCUUUUGGGCUUUGUUUUUCAAUAAAAUAAUAAAGAAAAAGUCUUGUUUUUUUAAACAAAGGAAAACUUCAUAAGAUCAUCUAAGAUUUGGUAUAGUUCCACAAUGUACCGAUAAGCCCCUUUGUUUUCAGUUUUAACCAAUUUUUACUGAAAAUUUCCUGGACUUUACAAAAAGUAUUAAUCUACUGAAUACUUUCCCCCCUUACCCCAUCUUUCCAUCCACCAAAAUAAACCCCGAUAUUUACCCAGAAAAACUAAUAGUUUCUUUGCACUGAUUUUCCGGUUGUGUUUAUAAACAUUGAUAAACUCCCAGGGAAAAUUAAAUAAAAUAAAAACUGAAAACAAAGGGCUGUAUGUACAGAGUAAAUAAGAGUUCUAAAACAAGGGGAAGGAGCCUAAAACUAAGUAUUAGACAAGAAACAGAGGAUAGUUCUUGGUAGUUCAGACAUUGGCUCUGACAAUGGAACAACAUGUCUGUUGUGGUAAUUGAAGCUACAGAGAGAAGUGGGAUAGUGAGGGCUGAAAGACGAUUAGAGUGGGGUUCGUACACACAGUCUUGUGUGAUGCAGAAGCUUGGCCACAAUGGUCCAAGUAGUAGAUUUCAAUCAUAACCAUCUACAUGUUUGUGCAUCAACCCAUAAUUACUAUUAAUAUAUUUUCUGAGUUUCCUGUUGUGAUAUGUGAAAUCAUGGGAUGCUUUAAUAAAGCAUACAGCUAGAGACUGGAAUAAUUCCUUUAGAAACAGACUUUUGCGUGUGAAGGUCAAUAUGGGAUGAUAUAAGGUGCAGGUUAUGGGCCCAAAACUUCUUGUCCUUGCAAACACAAACCUCCCAUUCACCUCAGUGGGAGUUCUGCAUGGUGAUGCGGUUGGCCAUGCAUCUGCACUAAUUUCAUAUCAAAGCAUCUUUUUAAAUGUUGAUGAAAAGUGUGAUGAAGUUGCAUGUGCAAAGAGCCUGGAUUUCUAAUUUUUUUUUUUUAAACAAGAUAGCAUAUGGAUUCAUUCACAUUAUUUGUUAAUGACUCCUAAUACCAUGUAUGAUAAGUUAAAUUUUUUUGGAUUUUGUGUAAAUAUCCUCUGAAACCAGAAAAAUUCAGUUUUAUUUUGCAUUCCUAUAUAUCUUUAAAACAAAACUAAGCAAUAGCAGACAAGGAAUCAAUUUAAUCUAAAUUGGUUUUAAAAUGUGCUCCUGUGCUAAAAGUUAAUGCAGAUUCAUCCUGGAGUGAAAUCUUUACAACCAAGUUAUAGAGCAUUAAGAAUGCCCAUCACACACAAAAAAUCAUGUAUAUUUUUAUUAUUUAAAUAGCAUUGUUUCUUUUUCUUUUGAAUAUUUGACUUUUAAAUAUCACCAGUAUCAUUGUAUAUAAGCAGAUAUUGUUUAUGCAUUAUCUUGGAUGAUGUAUGUAAGGUAAAGUAGUUUGCCAGUUUAUUAUUGUUUAACAUGAUUACAUUGUUCUUUGUGUUUAAACUGUUACAUGUUGCCAUUAAACUUUCUAUGUCUGUCUAGUUAAUAUUGUGAAGAAAUAAUAAAGUACACUGUGAGUUACUUGUUAUAAAUUUAAA